UAAUAUGUGAUAUAUAAGUAAUAAUAAACAGUCAAUAACUAUGCUAAUUGCAUGUUAAUAUGCAGCAUAGUUCAAAGUGAGAAUUGGAACCUUAAACUAAAGUGUUAUCAUGCAUUGUAAAUGAUCAAAAAAUUUGAUUAUUGAUUAUUAAUGCACACUAUUUUAUUUAUUUAUAUUUUACAAAACGUUAUUUUAUACCACAUUCAGUGGUAUCCUUCCGCUAGAAGAUAUAGUCCCUAAAUUGACAGAAUGUUGCUACGCUGCAUCUGCCAUGGCGCUGCAGUGAUUCGGCUCGGUAAACAGGUGUUUCGACGUUUUGUCAUAGAUGUUAGCCUGUAAUAUCAUUGGGUUUUGCUGUAUUAACCCAUCAGAAUCAGAAGUAUUGAUAUUUUUAAUGCACAUGCUGACAGUUACGACGGGAAACACAGUUUAGAUAUACUGUUUCAUUGCGCAGAAUCGAAAAAAUAACGUUCAAUUAUUGUUUAUGUGUCAGGAACUACUUCUAGCGGAUGAAUGGCGCUUAAUGGAUUUUUUUAAUUAAUUAAGUUUUUAAUUAAUGUCUAUUUAGCCUACUCAAUGUUUUUUGUUGUUGUUUUAUGAAUGAAGAGUUUAAUUAAAUCAAUGCUUAUAUUGUUCCAUCCUGUAUUGUUAACAGUGACAGCUAAAGAGGUUGCAUGCCGGCGCGGUUAUGAAGUUUUUAACAUCUUAAAUUAAAAUUUGAGAUUGAAGCGCUUCUGUAAGGGUUUGAAGGGUUAAAUUUUGCAUAAGGCUCCAGCCAACCGCCUCCUCGAGCGCUCAUCGGUGAUUACCGGAGCGCGAGGGGAGGCGCAUAUAUUCCGCAGAUCAGACGUGCUUGAGACAGCAUUCAGUGCACCAACUCUAGAGAAUCAGACCAACUCUGAGCUCUUUCCUUCUGCUUUAUUCAUGGAUACUAACGUGGGAUUGUACUUUCACUGCAUGACGCCCUAGCCUACUUCUUGAAUACCCAGUGCUGAGCUCUAUGUGAGGUGCAUGGACUCGCUUCUGAACUUUUGUGAAGAAUUUCUCUUUGAGUUUUACUCUAUAAAUUGACCUAGGCAAUGCAAAAGGGUUUCUGUCUUUGGAUUGUUCAGGCUUGGACAGCCAUGACGACCUUUUGCAAGUUAAAUCACUUUUGAGAUUCAUUACAGGACGUGUUUGGACCCAUACCAGCACCUGGAGUACCAGGACAGUUUGGAUUCUCCUCUUUAGACUUGAGCUGGUGCUUCGGGUCAUUUAAAGGGAGAUCUCUUCAAGGUAUGGUUCUGGACUCUGUGCGCUCAGGAGCGGUUCCAAGGCUCCUACAGUCUUCAUCUUUCUUAUUGGGUGGAAAAUUGACAUUGGAAGGAGAUGAGAACCCUAUUCUGCUGCUUUCUGCUCCUCACCUCGCACCUUCUGCUGGCAACUGCUGAGGAGUUUGCAAUCCCUCAAGAUUUCAUAGAAAGACUGUCCCACAGCGAAAUCAACAGCAUCAGCGACCUCCAGCGGCUACUGGAGGUAAAUUCCCCAGGUCCUGGAAAUGAGGUGAUUGAGGAGGUCAAACAGAAGCACCAUCAGAAGAACCAUCACUCAUAUAAGGCCGGUUCCUCAGAUCUCAAGAGUCUGCAGCUGUCCCACAGACGGAAGAGGAGUGUCGUGGAGGAGGCGGUACCCGCCAUGUGCAAGACACGGACAGUGAUCUACGAGAUCCCCCGCAGUCAAGUGGAUCCCACCGCUGCAAACUUCCUAAUAUGGCCUCCAUGCGUGGAGGUGAAACGCUGUACAGGCUGCUGCAACACCGGCAACAUGCGCUGUCACCCCUCCAAAAAACAGCACCGGACUGUCAAGGUGGCGAAGGUAGAGUUCUCAUCUCGUAAGAAAGCGAAAUUGAAGGAGGUGCUUGUCCGGUUAGAGGAUCACCUGGAAUGCGUGUGCACGUCACAGCAUCACGUGAUGGAGCAUGUGGAAGCAGACACAGGCCCACGCACAGUUAAAAACGGUAAAAAACGGAAACACAGAAAGCAUGCAGUGGCAGCACAGAUCAACAAGGAUAUUCAGUAAAAGGCAAACAUUUCCUAACACUCCACGGACCAAAAUAUUCUGCAGUGGACAUGAGGUGAAACCACAUCAAGCGAGCGAUUGAAAGACAACAGCGGCUACGUAAUGUUCCAGCAGCACUGGGACUUCGACCUCUGAAUUCUGUCCCUACUGACCCAUUGCUGUUCAAAAAAAGAUACUGUAUCCAGAGGAACAUUAUACACAAACACAACACCAAAGGUGCUUUCUAUGUACUCUGUCAAACACUGAAGACAAACAAGAUUGGUAUUCAGUUAAUUAUUAAGUGGUCAAACACUGGGCGGAAAUGAAACUGAAAGGGAUGAUGUUUGUGUCGUCUCUCUGUUGUUUUUGUAUACAACUCUCGUAAAGGUCAAAGUUGAGGAGAAAGUCUUCUGGAGAACACUAAGACCAUGAACUUCACAUGCUUGGGUUUGGAUGCACUCAAUCAGGAGUCUAGAUGCCCUCGAAGGAUGGACUAAUUCAAUGGACUCCAGUCGUUUAAAAAGAGGAAGAAGAUAUUAAGGGAUGUACUGUCAUAUAACCUUGCUAAAAUGGACGCUAUUUUUUGUUGUUCUCUACCUUAGUCCUCUUGGGUCCAGAACAUUUAAACUGCUAUUUCCAAUGUGCCUCUAGAAAGUUUUGUCCUUCCGAAGAGCUCAACUGCGUGUCCAUGAACAAAGACUUACAGACGGCAGUGUUUGCAGUCAUUAUGCCAGAAUAAAGUAUUUAUGUAUGCGAUCUCUCCUUCUCAUCCUCUCCAUUUCUCAGUCCAAUGUAAGAGGAGCUCAUCUUCUUUGAUCUGGAAGUAUUAGCAUUAUCAUUUUCUCAAUAUUUCAUUUCAUUCUUGCUUAUAUUUUACAGCAUAUCUCAAAACUAGUUUUUUUUUCCUGGAAAUAUGUCAUAAGAAGACAUGCAAGAGACAGUUAUGGAAAGAUGCUUUAUUUUUGUUAAAAUAUAUUUAUAAUGCUAAUGUAGAAUCAAGCAGGAAGUAUGUUUAUGUAUUCAAUUAUUGUGGUGUAAUGGUUGUAUGAUGGGAUGAGAUGACCCUUUGAGAGUAAAUGCUAUACGGUAUCAACAGGUUGGCCAUCACACAAGGUCUGAUGGCAUCAUUAGUCAUAAGAUGUUGGUUCAUAAUUUCCUCUUUUACUCACCGUAACACAAUAGUUAAUGCUAUCAUACAAACAUAGACAAAGGUCAUUCAAAUAACCAAUAAACACUUACCUUAGGUAUGAAGCUUUGUAAUAAAUAAACAGAUCAAAACAAA